AUGGUGAUGCACCCAGAGCUUGGCUCAGUCUUCGGCUGGCUAGGGACAGUCUUUACCCUGGUGUACUUUCUGAGCCCAGUGCCCACCUGCAUGAACGUUGUGAAGUCCAAGAGCGUCCAGGAAUUCUCAGCCUUUCCGUAUGCGAUGGGUGUCUUCAACUGCUCUUGUUGGGUCUACUACUGCGUGGUGACGAUGGAGGCCAGCUCCAAAGAUUUGACGCCCAAUAUGGUGGUGAACGGUGUGGGCGCGCUCAUGUUCCUGUGUUACGUGUCCAUCUUCCUCGUCUACGCAGGGAGUCGCUUGACAUCCAUCUUGCGGCUGGUGUUGACCGCCAUUUUGGUAGAGGCGCUCUUGAUCGGAUUUUGCGAAGGCGUGGUGCCCAGCUUACAUAAGGGGUUCCAUUGGGGAACUUCGCCAUCCAUGAAGAGUAGCGUAAGCGGAUUGACUUGUGUGGUCAUCAACGUCCUUCUGUACGGCUCCCCACUGGUGAUGAUGAAGACGGUCAUUCAGACCAGAUCCGUGAAAUAUAUGCCUUUGCCCAUGUCCCUUCUGGGCUUCGUGAUCUGCAUCCUUUGGAGUGCUCAAGCAGUCUUCAUCCAGGACGUGACGGUGGGCGUGCCAAAUGUUUUGGGCAUCAUUCUUGGUGCUGCUCAGUUGGUGCUCUAUGCGUUUUACUGCAGAGAGUCUGGUGAUGCUUCUCGCGACCUGAUGUUGUCCCAUGUCUCCGUGUCCGCAGCAUGA